AUGAGCUCCUCAUUGUCCCAUCCACCAGCGCACCUCCCCCCAGCCGUCGCUCUCCAGCUCUCGCAGCAAGCUCCAGUAACCCUACGAAGCACUCCAUCAGUAAUCUCUUCCUACUCCUUCACCACGCUCUGGUCCGCUGCAGAGACUCCAGAAUUAUGGACAGAAUAUGAAAAUCUCAUGCUCUCUUGCCUACGAACUGGAGAUGAACAAUCGGCGGGUGUGUGCCUGGAGCGGCUUACCGAGAGGUUCGGCGCAGAGAACGAGAGGUUGAUGGCGUUAAGAGGACUAUUUCAGGAAGCCAUUGCGAAAGAUGACGCAACGUUGAAGCAGGUAUUGGAGGAAUAUGAAACCAUCCUGACCAAGGAUCCAAGCAAUAUGCCCGUGUCGAAGCGCCGAAUCGCGCUGUUGAAGACCUUAGGCAAGACCACCGAAGCCAUUACUGCCCUCAACGAGUUUGUGGAUUCGUCCCCUACCGAUGCAGAGGCUUGGGCAGAGUUGGCGGAUUUGUAUGUCACGCAAGGCAUGUACCCGCAGGCAAUAUUUGCUCUGGAAGAGGUCUUAUUGAUCACUCCAUAUGCAUGGAAUAUUCAUGCUCGUCUAGGCGAGGUACUAUUUAUGGCCGGCUCGUCCGGAGAUACUUCAACAGACAAGUACCUUGCGGAAGCAUUAAGAAGGUUCUGUCGAAGUAUCGAACUCUGUGAUGAUUACUUGCGUGGGUAUUAUGGAUUGAAGUUGACUACCAACAAACUCCUGACGUCCCUGCCACAAGCAUCCCGCCAGUCAAAGUCAGAUUCCGGGCUGCCAAUACCAGACAUCAAGACCGUCGAGCGUUUGAAUGAGACCGCAACUGCCAAGCUCUCUGAGAUCGUCCGGCGGAGUGUGAGUGGUGAGUCUGGUUGGGAGGGUUAUGAGAACGCCGAAGUGAUCGCCGCGAAGGCACUACUUGAUUCAGGGGCCGCCAAGAGUAUUCGCUGA